AAUGUUUGCUAAAUUACAGGAAGCACAAAGAAAUGGUCCGACAGAUACCAGCGAACUUGUGCAAGACAAGAGUCAGUUCAAAGCUGCCAGCACUCCCACCUGCAACCGACUGAGGUGUCCCCCUCCCUCGCUCAGAGCUGCAGAGCCUGUCUCACUCCUGCCCACACUUCUGCAGCAGGAUGGGUCUGCUCCUGAAGAUUUUCAUCCCCUUGCUGGGAGCUGCACUGGCCUUUUAUUUUUAUUCAGCACCUGAGAAUUUCAGUGAAGAGAUGCUCCGGGGGAAACGGGUGAUCGUGACAGGAGCCAGCAGCGGCAUCGGGGAGCAGAUGGCCUAUCACCUGGCACGCAUGGAGGCCCACCUACUGCUCACCGCGCGGACGGAGGCCAAGCUGCAGAAAGUUGUGAAGCAGUGCCUCGAGCUGGGCGCCGCAUCCGCCCGCUACGUGAGCGGCUCUAUGGAGGACACCAAGUUCCCUGAGGUGGUGGUGAAGGAGGCUGAGAACACCUGGGGGGGCCUCGAUAUGCUCAUCCUAAAUCACAUCGGUUACAGCUACUUCAAGUACUUCGAUGGGGACGUUGGGCACGUACGAAAGCUCCUGGAGACCAACUUCCUCAGCUACGUGGCAAUGACCGUGUCCGCCCUGCCCUUGCUGAAGGAGAGCGAGGGCAGCAUCGUUGUCGUUUCAUCGAUGGCAGGUAAAACCAGCGCCCCAUUUACUGCUCCCUAUUCUGCAACUAAGUUCGCCUUAGACGGAUUUUUCAGCUCCUUGCGACAGGAAUUCAUCAUAGACAAGGUCAACGUCUCCAUCACACUCUGCAUCCUGGGCUACAUCGACACAGAGAACGCCGUGCGAGCGGUCUCACAUGCCAUCCGGGCCACGCCGGCCCCGAAGGAGGAGUGUGCACUGGAGAUCAUCAAGAGCGGGGCCCUGCGCCAACGGGAGCUGCACUACCCCUCCGGCACCGUGGGCACCAUGCUCCUUCUCCAGGCCAUCGCCCCCGACUUCCUCGACUCCCUCAUCAGGAGCGGCUAUAAGGUGGAAAACAUCAGAAGAACAUAGUCCCCAGGGCGGAGAGCACGCCGGGACACCUUGGACCAGGCACGAGGGAUUUGGGUGUUCAUCUGGCUUACUCGGGUGCCCUUUCCAUGCCACCAGGGCAGCCCCACGCUGCUGCACCCUGGCAACCUGAAAUGGGAUGCACCAGGAGCCUGUGACACACAGCAUGAAAAUGUCUUUUUUAGUCAUGAACUCUUGAAACUGGCUUUUUCCAACUAUGAGAUACCUCAGAGAAGCCCUGGGCAGCAGGAUCUCAGUGUCCUGCUCCCCUGCAGGUUUCCUGCUCACCCCCCAGACCCUGUCCCCCCCCAACCAGCCCCAGGGGCAGCGAUGCCAGCGCUGCGGGAAGGGACCCCAGCCCAAAACAAGGAUUUGGGCCAAGCGGCAAAAACCACCCAAACCCACCACAGCGUCUUUGAACCAGGAAUUAUUUUUUUGUCAUGUAUCCCUUCUAGGCUGGCCUUUGUAAAAAUAAAUCCUACGUUACUUUACGAGA